UUUGCGAGUGGGGAAGAAGGCAUUUCGAGGGGGCUCUGGCGAUAUGCGCGAGUCGAGCGUCGCGACGCCGUCGCCGUCGUGUCCUCUCUGUGGGUGUUUGCAAUCAAUAGGUGGAAAUAGUUUGGGGUGUCGUGAGCAGCGGAGUCGGUGAAGAGACGAACUGAUACGUUUUGGACGUAUUUCUUGCGGAGAGUGAAUGAAAGAUCAUCGACGACUCGAUUCGCGUCAUCCUCGUCAAGAUGCAGCCGCCUCCUAGGAAGGGAAAUUACGCGAAGUUUUUGAAGAAUCUGCACCAGGAACAAAUUGCCAAACUGCUUGCGAAGAAUCAGCACGAGUGCGAUCUGCUCGAAGACAUCCGCACGUUCAUCAUCAAAAGAUGCGCCAUCGAGAGGUCCUACUCGGACGCCCUGCUCAAGAUUUCUUCCGCUUAUCUGAACAAGAAAAUACCAAAUAUUCCGGACAUCAAGUUAGAUGGAGGAGACGAGAAAUGGAAUAUGUGGAACGUUUGGCGAACCGUGCUCGAGGAGAACGAGAAGUUGGCUAGGGCAAGGCUGGCCGCCGUCGAAGUGUUCCAGCAGCAAAUCGCCGAAGAGUCUAAAGUCCUGAGGUCACACAAAUUGGCUGCCGCAAGAAGAUGCGUUGAGCAGCUAUCAAUGGUCCAUAAAGAAUUGCAGCUGAGCGUCCAGGAUGUGGAUAAAACAAAGAAGUUGUACUUCGAUGAGGAGCAUUGCGCGCACGACGUUCGCGACAAAGCCAGGGACAUUGAGGAGAAGUUGAAAAAGAAAAAAGGUUCGUUCUUUCAAUCGAUCACGUCUCUGCAGAAGAACAGCGCCAAGUUCUCCUCCAAAAGAGAGCAGCUCGAGGAGAAAUCGGCCGGUGCGAGAAACGAUUAUCUCCUAUGCUUGGCAGCAGCAAACGCUCAUCAGAAUCGCUAUUUCGUCGUCGAUCUGCAGCUGGCGAUGACGACGAUGGAGAGCAACGUGUUCGAUAAGGUGGCAGAGUUUCUGACUCUGAUGGGACGCACCGAAUUGCUGACGUGCUCCGCAAUGCAGAAUUCCUUCUCGACGAUCAGGGAUCAGGCCAAACAACUGACGAGGGAAUACAAUUUGCAGUGCAUCUACCUGUACUAUCCGGUGCUGAAGCAGCACAUCCAGUACGAUUACGAGCCGUGCGACAAUGAUCCAGUUGAGUUGAUCACUGCCGAGCACGACGCUGCAGCCGCGACUCUCAGCAAGGAAGCCCGAAGAUGGGCCACGAAGAUUGCGAGGGAAAACAAUAAUGUGCGAGAUUGCGUGAGAAAGUUGCAGAUUUACAACGCUCUUCGAGAGUCUGGCCAAAGGGUGGAUCCGAACGAUCAGAACGGCCCCGAUCUGGAAACUAAGAUUGAGGAUAUGAAGCAGAGUAUUCGCAGGUCGGAGACUUCAAAGAUGAAGGCCGAAGCGAGGAUAGAGUAUUUGCGGGCUGGAGGCGUUAACGUGGACGAGUGGCUUCAAGAAGCGGAAACGCUGAAUGUGCAAGACAUCCAGAGGUCAGCAAGUUCCUUAUCCGAUCACCCCAGUUCGGAUUCGUUCUACGACAGCGAUUUUGCCGAUGGCGAGCCGAGCGUUCCUCCGACGAUCGACGUUAAAAUCGAGAAGGAUUUCGAUGAGAGGACCAUCGACGACGAAGAAGAAUCUCAAGAGGUCGACGGUGAGUGGGCUAUUCUGGAGCAGGAGAGACAAAGGAUCGAGCAACUGACUGCGGGUUGGGAUGAUCCGACGCAAGUGGAUUGGGGCAACGAGGAUGCUGAUGCUUCUGAUGGGAUGCAAAUGGAAACUAUCUCUUCAGCUACGAGUCUAAAAUGCACAGCUCUAUAUUCCUACACGGCUCAGAAUCCUGACGAGCUGACGAUCGUGGAGAAUGAGCAACUGGAGGUUGUUGGAGAGGGCGACGGAGAUGGUUGGUUGAAAGCUCGAAACUAUAGAGGCGAGGAAGGCUACGUUCCACACAACUAUUUGGACGUCGAAAGGGAGCAAUCUGCGACGACGCCCGGACUAGUGACCCAAAUCUCAUUUUCAUCUGUUGAUUACACGAUCGACAACGAAGAUGAAACCACUCAGAACACGGACACUGCGAACCAAUCACCGGAUCAGGUGUCCGUGAUCGCAGCUCCUGCUCUCACCUCGGAACCAUCCGAGGACCAUUUCCAGGGCAGGGUGGAAUACUGUUGCGCUCUGUACGAUUACGACGGUGAAGGUGCCGAAGAGUUGAGCUUCGAGGAAGGCCAGGUUAUAAGGAUAGUCAGCAAAUGUGCACACAGCAUCGACGAUGGAUGGUGGAAGGGCGAGCUGGAUGGAAUCAUUGGUAACUUCCCGUCGCUGGUCGUCGAAGAGUGCGAUGAAUACGGAGAGCCUUUAUCCAAUUUGGAAGAUCUGACUCCACCUUGUUCGGCUCCGCCCGUCUUCACGCCCCCCGACGUUCCAGAAUUCUUAAUUGCAAGCGACAUUAUAAUAACCGAUGCCACACCCAUGUUUGAUGGACCACCCUCCAGCGAGCCACCGAAAAUGGAACCGCCAAAGCCGCCACCGCAGGCCUUCUCAAAGUUUUCCAUGGAAUUAACGAGAAAUCAACACGAUCACUAUGGAUCCCAAUUUGACGACGAGGACGAAACCGGUACACCAACUGUUGAUGUUCCAAGCGUUGUAAUUGCAGACGAGUGUGGACAAGAAGUGGUUGAAGGAAGACCAACGCACCAACAGGUCGAAGAUGAUUUAGGUUUGGGUGUAGCCCAGAUCGUGAUAACGGCGGCCACGCCCAUGAUCGAGGAACCGGAGCAGCCGUUCCCUCCCCCAGAACCGGAACCUGAAACAGCGCCCGAGACCAACCACCAGCAACCGGAAGGCCCAGAAGAGUUGGCCGCGGUUAUCGAGGAAGAAGAAGAGGAGGAAGAAGAAGAACCGGAGCCCGAUGAGGAUAAGAGGACGAUGAGCGUUGAUCUGGAGCAGGACCAACCGACAGACUCCGCCCCAUUUCCUAUAAGCAGCAGCAGCGACGGCGACACGACGGGUCCGAGCACAGCCGAGAAUUCGGUGAGCCACGCCCCACCGCAGCCGCAGGAGGAGCCCAAACAGGUCGUGGGCGGCAGGGCGAGCAUCCCCGACGAACUCGAACCCCAUCAGCUGGCUCGACUCCAAGAUCUGAAGGAAUCCAACGCGUAGACUACAAAUUCGAUUUAAUUUUCAAAGAGAAACAUGCAAACAAACAAACAGACAAAGAAAAAGAGAACAGAGAAAUUAUGCAGAAAUGUAAGUAAACUCAUUUUCUUUUCGAAAAAGGAUAACAGAGAAAAAAAUACGACAUUUCGCUGCUGUCUUUGUAUAUAUAUAUAUAUUAUGUAUACAUUCCAAACUCUCUAACUCGGCUUGUUUUCGUUGUUCUUAAAGUACCAUGGAAACAAUUUGCUGUAUCUCCUCUAUCUCUCUAUAACUAUCUAAACUCUCUAUACUAAUCCACGACCAAAAGCGCACAAUGAUUCGGUUUUUUGUUCUUUCGGUCAUACUCAUCGGUUGAUGAAAUCCAAUCAACUCAUUUGGAAACACUUACUUGGAACGAUACGAACCACGGAUGAAAUGACGGAUAUGGCUUAACAAUGUAGAUCAUUGUCAAUUACUAUUAUUGGAUUUACAUUAAGGGGGUUGGGACAAUAACGUUAAUUUCGAUUAGUUUGCAUCCAGUUUACAGCGAUCCCUCGACCUACAAACGUUGGGAAUCUUA